CUCCGUCGCCUCCCUCCACUGUACUAUUUCUUCGUUCCCGUGCUCAGCUGAAACAACCUGCAUUAGAAACUUCUCUAGUCGUUUGCGAAAGAUAAAUCUUGAACGUUGUAAUUUCCUUCUUCAUCUUUCGUUUAAUUCGAUAAUGGCGUCUACUUCUUCUGCUCAUGCACCUGGGAUUUAUGAUGAACUUUGUGGUGUUAGAAACAGCGUUUCCUUUGAAACUUACUAUUGUAGUAAAUUUGAUUCUGGAACUUUGAGCUUGUACCUUCCAUCUCAAUGCAAGAAAGGAAAGAUUUCUGUUGACAUGUACAAUCCUUCAUGUUGGGCUCUCAGCGACAUCAAAGCUUCCUUUCCUGUUUUGCAUUCAUCUGAUUAUUUUAUGGAACCUUCCCUAUUGGACUUGGAUGCUCAAGAACUCAAUGAUCCUGGCCACUGCUGUCGUGUUCGGAAUUUCACGGUUGGAAGGGUUGGAUAUGGAUGGGUUAAGUUUCUUGGUGAAACUGAUGUCAGAUGGUUGGAAUUAGAUCAAAUUGUCAAGUUUGAUAGGCAUGAGGUUGUAGUAUAUGAGGAUGAAACUGACAAGCCUGCUAUCGGUGAGGGUCUUAAUAAAGCUGCUGAAGUAACUUUGGUGCUUCAAAUAAAACCAUUGUCUGAUGAGAGGGUUAAACUGGAUAGCAUUGCUGAGAAACUUAAGAUCAUCACAGAAAAGCAGGGAGCAUGCUUCAUUUCCUUUGACCCAUUGAAUGGUGAAUGGAAAUUCUUGGUUCGCCAUUUUAGCAGAUUUGGAUUAAGUGAAGAUGAUGAAGAUGAUAUCAUCAUGGAUGAAGCUACUGCAGCUCAACAUCCAGAGGAGGUGGAUGGUGGUGAGCCAUGUGAAGUUGAUGAAGAACCUCAAAUUGGUCCCGAUGGAGCUGUUCUAUCCCAUUCCCUGCCUGCUCAUCUUGGGCUUGAUCCCAUCAAGAUGCAAGAAAUGAGAAUGGUAAUGUUUCCUGUUGAGGAGGGGGAAACUGAAGAUUUUGAUGGACUAUUUUCGCGUGAGAAACAGAGUUUUAGUAGAGAGUAUGGAAGACCUAGUUUACAGUAUUCAUCCAGGAAGAUGAGCCAUAGAGUUAGUCCUCCCAUUGUGCGGAAAACCCCACAAUCUUUACUUGAGUACAAUAUAAAAGGUUCAGACCAACCAGGGACCAUUCUGAUGGCUCGUCAAAAUCUGGGCAUUGCACCAAGGACAACAAAAGUUAGAGGCUUCCAAUUGGAUCUUAAACAUGAAACUCCAGUAACUGGACACCAUUCUAGAUAUGUAGUUGAUGCAGGAUUGUUCAUGGGAAGGUCAUUUCGGGUUGGUUGGGGUCCAAAUGGUGUCCUUGUCCACUGUGGCUCACCUGUUGGUAGCACUGGUCCUGGUGUAUUAUCGUCUAUUGUCAAUGUAGAAAAGGUUGCAAUUAACAAGGUGGUUAGGGAUGAAAACAACAAAGUGAAAGAGGAGCUUAUUGAUUGCUGUUUUGCCUCACCAUUGAGUCUCCACAAGUCAAUAAGUCAUGAAACAAUGGAAGUUGAAGUUGGGUCGUUCAGACUAAAGCUUCAAAAGGUUGUAUCUAAUCGCCUAGUGCUUCCUGAGAUCUGCCGGAGUUAUAUAGAUAUUAUUGAGAAGCAGCUUGAUGUUCCUUGCUUAUCUGCUUCUGCCCGUGGGGUUCUGAUGCACCAAGUUAUGGUCUGGGAAUUGAUAAAGGUUCUCUUUUCUGUCAGGGAGGUCAGUGGACAUUCAACACCUGUAGAUGUUGAUGAUGAGGAGGAUAUGCUGGGUGAUAAGAAGGAUGGUUCUCCAGACAUUGAUCCAGAAGCACUCCCUUUUGUUCGCAGAGCACAGUUCAGUUAUUGGUUGCAAGAAAGUGUUUGCCACCGAGUACAAGAAGAAAUAAGCUGUUUAAAUGAGUCCCGUGAUUUAGAGCACAUCUUCUUACUUCUGACUGGGCGGCAGCUUGAUGUCGCAGUUGAAUUGUCUGCUUCCAGAGGAGAUGUAAGACUAGCUUGUUUGCUGAGUCAGGCUGGUGGGUCAACUGUGAAUCGAUCUGAUAUGGCUCGGCAGCUUGACCUUUGGAGAACCAAUGGGCUGGACUUCAACUUUAUUGAGAAGGACAGGUUGAGGUUGUAUGAGUUACUUGCUGGUAAUAUUCAAGGUGCUUUGCAAGAUUCAGUAAUUGAUUGGAAAAGAUAUCUAGGGUUGUUGAUGUGGUAUCAGCUACCUCCUGAUACUUCUUUAGCCGGCAUCAUUCACACAUAUCAGCAGCUCCUUGAUGCUGGAAAGGCUCCAUAUCCUAUUCCAGUUUACAUUGAUGAGGGACUGGUUGAGGAGGCUGUGAACUGGAGUGUUGGGGACCGCUUUGACUUAGCCUAUUAUCUUAUGCUCCUUCAUGCGAGUGAAGAGAGUGAGUUUGGGCUCUUGAAGACUAUGUUUAGUGCUUUUUCUUCAACCUGUGAUGCACUUGACUACCAUAUGCUUUGGCAUCAACGUAGUGUACUGGAAGCUGUUGGUGCUUUCUGUUCUAAUGAUCUCCAUGUUCUUGACAUGAGUUUUGUUUCUCAACUGUUGUGUCUUGGGCAAUGUCAUUGGGCCAUCUAUGUUGUCCUCCAUAUGCCUUACCGUGACGAUUUCCCAUAUCUCCAGGCCACUCUUAUUAGGGAAAUUUUGUUCCAAUAUUGCGAAUCCUGGAGUUCACAAGAAAUACAGCACCGAUUCAUUAAAGACUUGGGUGUUCCAUCAGCAUGGCUGCAUGAGGCUAUGGCGGUAUAUUUCCAUUACCAAGGUGAUCUACUAAAGGCCCUUGAACAUUUUCUUGAAUGCUCCAAUUGGCAAAAAGCUCAUUCAAUUUUUGUGACUUCCGUUGCUCAUUCAUUGUUCUUGUCUGCUAAACAUUCGGAGAUCUGUAGACUUGCAGUUUCCAUGGAAGAACACAAAUCGGAGAUUGCAGAUUGGGACUUGGGUGCUGGGAUUUAUAUUUCUUUUUACAUUAUAAAAAAUACUAUACGAGAUGGUGCCAUGUAUGACCCUGAUUCUCUUGAGAGAAACAAAGCUUCUUGUAGAGAGUUCUUUGGCCGCUUAAAUGAGUCGUUGGCAGUAUGGGGAAGCAGAUUGCCAGCCGAUGCGAGAGCGACAUAUUCUGAGAUGGCUGAGGAAUUAUGUGCUAUUCUUAUAUUGGAUGGUGGAGAGGCCUCAACCUAUGAAGAUCAGUUGAGCUGCUUUGAAACCAUGUUCAAUGCCCCUAUCCCAGAAGACCUGCGCGAAGGUCAUCUUCAAGAUGCAGUAUCGGUCUUCACUUGUUAUCUUACUGAAAUGGCUUCAUAGCUCUCUGCUGCCUUUUUGUUUUGGUUCAUUCUUUCUCUUAUUAUUUCCUGUAGAUGCAUUGGCGGUAAACAUUUCAGCCUAAAUCAAAAUUUUUUUUCUUUUUGGUUGUCCUUGAUGAUAUCUUUGUUCUCCAUUACUGUUCUUAGUGUUUUAUUUUCUUACCUUGUCUC